AUGAAAAAGAUAGCUGGCUCCAAGGGAACGGUUCUGGUGUUUGGCAGUUUUGAAGCACUAAUCAAUAGCGUGGACGACAUCCUUGAAGCUACAUGCCGUAAGUUCCUUUUGUUUCCGUCUUAUCUAUUGGUUCUCUAGUAUUUUGAUCGGUUCUCAGUAAAAAUCCAUAUGCAAGAUUCCACAAUUUACUCCAAGAAUGCUUGAUUUGUUCAUUCAUUUGGUAUGGAUUAUUCUUUCCUUCGUAGUUGUUGAUGGAGGAUACACUGAGUGGUCUGAAUCUGAGUGCAGUGUGACGUGUGGAGAAGGAAUAAAGACACGAACACGAACUUGCACCAAUCCCCCGGCAUCGAACGGUGGAAAGGACUGCAGUGAAUUGGGACCAGCUGAAGACACAGUUCCAUGCAUCCAAGAAAAAUGUCGUAAGUAUCUUUGUAACGUUUUUUGUUGGUCCUUAUCUUUUUUAUAAAAUUAUUUAUGAAAAAGAUUAAAAUUGUGAUCCUUUUCGAAACAUCCAUUUUAUGUACAGAUUAAAACUACCCUCGAAAACUGCUAAGGCUCUUGCUACGGUACAAUCCAAUCGAAAGAAAGAACACUAUACUUCUAUUUACUUAACUAUUUUAUUAAACGACGUGUGAUAUUUUUAUACAGGAGUGAAUCCAAUAAUUCCCCUCCAAGAACUUACUUAAGCCCACUACAUUCUAAAUCUUAGCUCACCACUGACAGAAACUCACAGUUUUUUCCAAAUCUCCUCCUACAUUAGCUUUCUCUCUUGGUAUAGCUAUCCAAACAGUAGGUCAUUCCCGGUGACAGCAACUACUUGUACUACACGACUGAGUCCUGGGUGUUUGACGUAUUUAGCUGUUUUCAGUCCACCCAGUUUGCAACUGUGACUGUUUUUGCUUGCCUAAGACAAAGGAAGUGUCAACAGCGAUCAUAAAUUUGAGUAAAAAUGCCAAUUUUUCUCGUUUUUUCUCAAAAGUAGGCGAUUGUCUUGCACAGAAAAUGGAUAUCGCCAUUGUUGGUGAUAUAUCGAAAAGCAUGAAGAAGGGCCAUCGUGAUAAAUUGAUUAACCUGGUUAAAUCGUUGGUGGACAAGAAGGGCGUCUCUGCUGAAGGAAAUCACAUUGCAAUUGUCACUUUUGGAUCGCAAGCCUCAAUUAAGACCGACUUUAAGGACAACAAAUACUACAGUGCAAAAAGCGUAAAAGACAAAAUCAACAAGGAAUUCAGACAAAAUCCAGGUAAAGCAGGCACGCGCACUGAUCUUGUCCUGAAUCUCGCCUUAAAAAACUUGUUCAUCCCAGCGGCAGGGGAUAGGCCCGAUGCUCAGAACCUCAUGCUCAUCUUCACUGACGGAAGGCCAUGGAUCGGUAAAUGGGAUGACAGAAAGAUGAUUCCCUUUGAGGAUUCCACAGAAGCGUUGGAGGUACUAUCGCUAAAACCUUAUUUAACUUUCAUACGGUUUAUCGGCUAAGUAUUGACUUUCGGGUUGGAGACAAAGACAGUUGGGAUGUAAUGAAUUUAAGUUUUGAUUAUAUCUACGCCUGGAACUAACCCUUGAUUUCCCUGGGCCUGAAUCGAUCAGUGGCAGUACAAGGGAGAGACCUAAAAGGAAAGAGGCAAGAAUGAUAUAUCAUGUAGACAGAUUAAAUGCGCAGAUAAUAAAUGAGGGCCCGCAUGGCGAAGAUAAUUCACCACCGCCUCGUCAAAAUCACCCUUAUGGUGAAGUGAUAAAAUCGAUUUCGAAGUGGAAGUAGUGUGUUUUAUGGCCUCAAAAUGAACUUCUUUGCACAUUUGCACGGAAUGAAAGUGGUAUGGUAAUCACUGGGCAGAUUGUUGAAAUAAGCUGCAGUUUACUCAAUUUGUGUUUACAGAUAAGCUAACCUUUCUAAUGGGCGGAUGUCGACGCAUCUCGAAUUUAACGUGGAGUAUUAGCAGAUGCAUAGCGCUAUUGCCCGCUUAAACGGUCUUAAAAGAUAAGUGUUUCGGCGCAUCUCCCCACGGAUGAUCACAACUCUCUCCUUGAAAAAUAAAUGUGAAGUAAUAUCAUGUAAAGAUGACAGCCCCGUCUGAUGAAUUUCCCUUCAAAUUGCUCUCCCUUCUGGUCGAAGAAAAAAGAAUUGGGAUUCAACCGGUUUUUUUUCCUUUCUAUUUCCACGAAAAAAAAAAGGCACAACAUGAAACUAUAAUAUUUUAACCAGUGAAAUACUUAAGCCCCAGCAUAACUGAUUUAAUUCCAAAAAGGAAAAUUUUCAUGGCUCUAGGAAUAGUGAUACCUGUCAUGUGGUAAGAGUGAAAAAAAGGAUUUUUUUUCUAAACUGAGACUAGUUUGAGCACACUGAGAUUAACAUUAAUGAAUACAAAUAACUCUAUUUAACCUCAUCCUCUCCUUCUUUUAUCAUUCAGGCGAAAAAUGUGAACAUAAUUGUAAUCGGAGUUGGCAACGGCUUGGCCAACAGUGAAGCAGACAUGAAAAAGAUAGCUGGCAAAAAGGGAAAAGUUCUGGUGUUCGGCAGUUUCGACGCACUAAUCAAUAGUCUGGACGAUAUCCUAAAAGCUACAUGUGGUAAGUUCCUUUUAUUCCAGUUUAUCUAUUAGUUGUUUGGUAUUGUGAUCGAUUCUCAGCAAAAAUCCAUAAGUAAGUUUUUAAAGUUUAUUCAAAGAAUGUUGUUAAUGUUUAUUUAUUUAGUACGGAUCAUUUUAAAGUUGUUGACAGAAGAUACACUAAGUGGUCCGAGAAGGUAUUGAGUAAUUUAAUGUUGUCAACGUAUUUGUUGAUGGAAUAGUUCCCUUAGCCAUUUUAGGCCGAAGGGAGUAGUGUGAUAGCUGCUGGAUUAAUGCAUGACAUUUUCAAAAAAUUCAACGCGUUAAGCAUUUGGACGUGAUUCGAUUAAUAACACAGAAGGCAUUUUUAUUUGCAAUGAAGAGUGAUGCUUAGGUCUGACUGAGUCCAUUCAGUAUAGGGCCGAGAUAGAAUAUAUUAUUGUUAUAAGCCGAAAUCACGGCAGGAAACAUUUUAGUUCUUCAGCUUCCUCAGUUUAAGCUUCCCUUUAGCAAAUUUAGCAAAUUAAACAGAGCUGUAUUUGCUUAAUUUUUUAGAAUAAAGACGCUUGAUAUGCAGGAAAUGAAGUCCGUCAAGAAGGGUGCAACGGUGCAGGGUUGCUGUGGUAGUUCUUACACAACAUUCUUUAUCUGCAGAUGAUGUUCAUGAUGAUGUUGAUGAUAAUGGGAUAAAUAAUGGGAUAAAUAAAGGCCACCCCAAUAUCAGUACUUUGUUUGUCAUGUUUUUCGUUGUAAUUAAAAGAAAGAUCUUCAUAAUUCCUAAUACCAGUGUUACCGGCACGUAUCGUAACUCUGACCUCAAGUGGAAGGCGGAAUAUCGGCUUAACUUCCGAAUCGCUAGGCUCAAACAUGAACCUCGUGGAAACAGACAAAAUGAGCCUUAAUACCAAGUAUCUUGAAUAGAACCUGAAACGUUUCAUGUAAAUCUUUGAAGUGACCAAAAUUAAGUUUUGCCCAGCCUCCAACACAUAUUUUCUUGGCUAUUUUUUUAGGUAUGAGGUAUGCGCACUCCGCUAUUAGGAAAUACCAGAGAACAGAAAGAGCGCUAUUUAAACGAGCAGUGUGUCACAACAAAUUAACCAACUCAUUUUAGCAUACUGGUAUUCUUUACCAGGCGAUAAGAUCCACCUCAUGAACCAAUGGGCUCAGCUGUGACUUGCUGGCGUUCAAAAGUAAAUGGCUCAUUUUUCAAAGAGCGUUGUAAUUAUGAAAUAUUUACGAUUGUACGCACGCUUUCAUUGGUCAAUAAGUUUGUUUUGAUGAGAGUAAGUAAAAAAAUAUUUAUUUCUUUGUCUCAAGCAAACACUCGCAGCGUAGGGAGGAUUCCCGAAAGUAGUGCAAAACCUUGACUGCUUGCCGGUUUUGUACAAUUCCUCGAAUUCCCCCAGUUUAGAUGCUCAAGAUGGAAAAUGCCUUUAUUGCUAAUGAUAUACAUAUAAUACAGCGUGAAUUCACCAAAACACAACUAACAAAACAGCAAACUCAAAGUCGAUUUCCAAGCAAACACAUCUCAAAACUGAAAAUUCUCUCCGCCCCACCCCCAACCAUAGUGAUAUAGACCAAUAGCAGAGCUGCAUGCCGAAGGGCAUGAGUUCGACAGUGAAUCAUUAGACACAUUCCAAAGCAACAACAUGCUGAAAAGCUGUCCACUUUAUGCAAAAAGCAAAUCCUCCUUGACUGCUUACCUAUCCUUGCAUGUGCCAAUGGCUGGUCUGCUUAGGCUUGACGACGAGUGAUUCCCGCCUUAAAGCGAAAACCUAGCCAUCAGGUUUUUGCAAGGUCAGUUUCCUCCCCUAAACUUAAAGAUCCUCCAGCCAUGGAAUGUUAGCCCUAUGGCCGAGGUAUGACAUUGUAAGUUACAAACAGCGUUAAGGCAGGCGAUGCCUGUCUCCUAGAGAAAACCUAGCCUUAAGGCUUUUGCAACAGCUCCCAGACCCGCUGUUUUGGAAUCUCAACCACCCGCCAGCCACAAGGCGUUCAUCCACAAGUUGAGCUUUGGCAGAGCAUGAAUUUGACUGUCAAUAUUGUAACAUACUGCGCAUGUGUUUGCAAAGUACAAGUGGAUACACGUACACAUUUGCAAUGCCUGCUAACAAACAUUCGCAUCGAUAAAAACAAUCAAUCGGCAAACUUAUUCAUCGCAACAACGCUUCGUCCUUUGAAAAGCCCUUUUUUUCUUUCAAGUGGAAAUUCAUUGAUCCACUAUAUUUUAGAUGAGCUAUGCGGAGGGAGAGAGAAAACUCUUCAACAAAGUUAUCAGAGUCCCACUAGAGAAUGCGCAGUAAGCUCCCACUUUAAGCCUGGCUAUUCAUAUAGAUUAUCAAAUAACGUUUUUUGAUUUAAUGACUUAUUACUAAGCUUUCACUUAGGGGAAAAGUGUCGUUCGAAAGUAGAAAGUAGAACACAAAAUUAACAGUACCUUAUCUGACUAAGGAUGUAUGAACAGGAGCAGUAACAAAAGAUAAUUGAAAUUUUACUUUGCAUUUUGAAAUUCUCUUGAUUAACAGCACUUGUAUUGUUAUGAUCUAAAGACAAUCAGUUUUCCUUUGCGAUCUGAAAAAUUAAGACAUGUUGUUAAAAUUUCUUGCGUAAAGUGGCCCAUAUAAAGCUUUACUGUUUUUUUUUUUUUUUUUUUUUUUUUUUUAGUGACCCUAGUUUUUUAACAUUGAAUUCAAAAUAGAAAUUAAUCUUUCUUCAAAUAAACAAGAAAAUGUGUAGUGCAUUUCGCCGGUGACCGGGGUGGCUCUAAACCUGGACGAUUAAUAUUUUCAAUCUUUCAGAGAAAUUAAUCUUAGCAGCUGAAUAGACUUGCGAUAAAAGUUGAAAUCGGUUCAGAGCCGAAGGCACAUAUAGCUGAAUAUGGGAAUUUUUCAAGAGGCCAGAAAUGUUGCUACGGUAACCUUAUGCAUUUUUGAAAAUGCUCUGUAUCGUCUACUAAUGAUAGGGAAUUUUUAUGAUACCAUCGCCGAAAUGAUGCAAUAAAACCGAAAAUAAUGGUAAUAAUUAACCAUCAAACAAUAUUAGCCUUUUAGAACAUAAGGCAAAUUUUUUAGCCUUCCUAAAGGAAUAAAACGUAGGCUAUUGUAAAGGAUUUUUAAAAGAGCUUUCUUCACGUUGUUAUCCCCGAGCUCACUUUAAAAAGCCUUUGAUGAAUCUAACUUUACCAGGCCAGUAAAUACUUAUUUGUUCAGUGUGCACAUCACUAUGUAUCGGUUUGAGGUGGGGUCGUAAAUACUGUACGAAAACGUGUUUCCAAUCUUUCGCCGAUUAACAGCACCAUCAGGCAUCCCUAAUGAUCCCGUGGAUCAGCGAACGUUUUUCAUUUUUAAAGUUACUUGGUAUGGAUACGUGGUGCUACCGUAGGACAACAAGAAACAAUAAGUGCACUGUUCAAGGCUAAUCAAAUUUAACUUGCGGUGCUGCACAUGCAUUUCAUCUUAUAGACAAAUAGAACUUGUAUAAGUUAACUCCUGGAAAUGCCCACAGCUGUUACAGGGUAUAUAUAAAUAAUUCUCAAAUGGCUGAAAAUCACGAUUAUCCUCAUCGGUUGGUCUGCAAGAAUACGAGCAAUAUUCAGAGAACAUCAAAAACUUUUUCUUCACUUUACAAAUUUACUGAAUUAGCUCUAAAUUAGCACAUAAGCAGGCAUAAGCACAGAUAUAUAACGAGCGGCUAAUGAAAAAGAAAAAAGUUUUCCCUUCCCCAUAUAUAUAGAUUACAUGCGAGCUGCGGUCGCUUGCAUCACAGUUUAGUUACAUGCGACACGGUUCACGACGGUUUGACUGCAUACUAUUAGUUUCCUUUUGGAAAAAAGGUCUAGACAGGCGAUAACACUUCAGACAGACGAUAACCAUUACUCAUUACCAGCGAAUUCACCAAGUUGAAUACCAAGAACAAAUUAAGGUCAUUCUUGAUUAUUUGCUUGAGCCUUCCAAUUAUCCAUAAGCGUUUUAAAAGCGCUUAGCUACGUUGAGACAAUCAUUACAAGAUCGAAUCCAAGGCUCUUGUUUCGAAGAUAAAGAGAAAACAGAGUUGGCGUUUUUAAGACAGAAGGUACGUUCAUAUUUAGUGCGGUUCGCUCUUGUUGUUCGUAAUGUAAACUUUCUUUUCCUUUCAUAAUCUUUCCAUUGAAAAAAUAUAUACAAUAAUUAGUCAGAAGUGCCUAAUUUUCCAUAACAUGAGAAAAAGGGGGAUUUUAGAAUCUCAGCUUGAUGAUCUGUGGCUUAAACUCAUGUCUAAUUGAAUUGUCACGAAGAAUUUUUAAUUUUAAAUUUUCUUUUGUUUUAACUUUUAGUGCAGAUUUAAGCAUUUCACUUCGCAAUAUUAAUGUUACUCUUUUAUAUUAAACCUUUUCUACAAUCCAUCUAUCAAGUCUUAAGAGAAAGUUUCACUGCUACCAGGAGAAUAAAAAAUAAAAUAAUAUCGUUUUGAUCGCAAACUGGGCGAUGAGCUGAACCGAACUGUCCAUAUGUAAAAGCGAGUAGAGAAUUUCUCAUCAAAUUCUUCAGACAUUCAUUUUCCUACCUCGUUACACACUGGUAAGGUGGCGCCAAUCGAUGCGAUCCUGAAUAAAAGCAUUCAAUGAGUAUUCCAGGAGAUGACUGCACAAGAUGAAAUUGGCCAUGAACUGGAAAAUAAUUUUCAAAAAAAAAAAAAAAAAAACCUUGAAUCAACAGGCCGAUACAAAACACUUGAAAGUAAAGUAUGGGUUUGCAGAGAAGGUCAUAGACAGCUUAUUUAACGUACUUAGUUGUUUUCAGGCCAGUUGCAGUUGCGACAGGUUUGCCUGGUUUGCCUUAGAGUGAGGAAUUGUCAAAAUUUAUUUAUCCAUCACAAUCUUGCAUUCGUUGCAGGAGUCAAAACACAAAUUUCUCUCAUUUUUAUCCAUAAAUAGAUGAAUGUCUUGACCAGAUAAUGGACAUCGCCGUUGUUGGUGACAUAUCGAAGAGCAUGGAGAACAGCCACCGUAAUAAGUUGGUCGACCUGGUUAAGUCGUUGGUGGACAAGAAGGGCGUCUCUGCCGAAGGAAAUCAUUUUGCAAUUGCCACUUUUAGAUCGUACGCCUCAAUUAAGACAUACUUUAAAGAAAGCAGAUACUACAAUGCCAAAAACUUAAAGGAAAAAGUUAACCAGGAAUUCAAAGUUGUUCCCGGUAAAGCAGGUACGCGCACUGAUCUUGUCCUGAGAGUAGCCCUUAACAGACUGUUCACCCCAGACGGAGGGGAUAGGCCUGAUGCUCAGAACCUCAUGCUCAACUUCACUGACGGAAAGCCAUGGAUUGGCAAAUGGGAUGACAGAAAGAUGGUUCCUUUUUGGGAAACCACGAAAGCUUUGGGGGUAACACAGCUAAACCUUUUUUCAACUUUGAUACGGUAAAUCUGUAAGACACCGACUUUGGAUUUGGAGACAAAGACAGCUUCGAGUAUUUAGUUAAAUUUUCACCUGGAUAAAUUACCCUUUGUCUUCCUUGGAUUGAAUCAUGCAAAGGCAGUACACAGGUGAAGCCCUCAAACGAACAAUUUCAGUGAGAUGUUUCAUUUAGAUAAGUGUUAAUCCUCUGGUAAUAAAUGGUAUCCCCGGAUGGCCGAGGAUUGUUACCCACUGCCUUGCCAAUUUCAGCAUGAAAUAUCAUUUAGAUAAACUUUCCACGGGCGCCUGUUGAAUAUGAGAUGAGGCCCGUAGGUCCGAGUUGGCUGAAAUUAUCUCACAUUCAAUAACCGCGAGUGGAAUAAUUGUCUUAUUUAAAACGCCCCAAAACAUAAAUAAAUCAUCCCAAAUUUAUUUUUUAAGGACUAACGAAAUGUGACAAGGUACAAAAACACUUCCGAUUAAACUCGUCUUCAUAUGCGUGCAUGGCAAAAUGGCUCAUGACCCAUGAUGGCUAAGCCAAUGAAAACUCUUGAAUUGUAUAAUCUAAUGAUUGGAGCUUUGAUAAUAAAUGAUAGCCCUGCAUGUUUCCCUCUGCCUUCUUAUAUUCACUCUUUUCGAGGUGAUUUUAAAAUUGCCAAAAUGUAACUUCUAUGUGGCCGUGGGGCGUUUCUUUUUCAGGCCGUUAUACUUCAAGACGGAACAAAUAAAUGAAAUGAGCAACAGUUCACCCAGACGUUUAUCUGUUUAAUAACAACAUCGUCACAGUGUGUACUGAUUCACUUAAUGUGCGUGAUAGGGAAUACUCUCUCCCUUACAAUGAAUAACAAAUGCAUUACGCAGCCCGCUAAAGCAAGAUCAAAUUUUCUUAACGGAUCGUUACCCGCCUAACGGAUACUCAUUUCAUUGAACGGCUGAGUCAACUUUUAUCGAGCUUUGUUCACGGAUAAGCUAAGCGUUUUAACGGGUGGUUAUCAACGACUCUAACGUUUAUAAAAUAGUUUCAGAGCACGUUUAAAAAAUUCCUUAACGAUAUUACCCAUUUUGAGGUAAGUGACUAAGCGCGAUUCCCCAUGGAUAGUCACAAUUUUCUCCACAAACAAUUUUCUCCACAAACAAUUAAUAAACGUCCAAUUUACCAGUAGGGAAAAUAACUCUCGUGCGAUGAAUCAUACUGUCGAAUGGCAACCUUCUCUUGGCAGCCAAAAAAAUAAAAAUGGGUGUCAAUCAUUUUUGUUCCUGUUUGUUGGCACUGAAAAUACCACGAAAAGCAGAAUCUCUAUGACUAUUGAAUACGAUUGUUCCAGUCUGACCAUGUGAAAUUCAAAGAAGGAGAGUUACGUGGUAACAAUACUUUGAGGGCAGAGGGGCUGUUAAAAUGUGCCAAGUCCAACCCUUAAGAGGAAGGAGCUCUUCAAAUUUUCGUUUACCUGGGGAUGCCUGCGUGGUGGUGAAAGCACAAAAAACCCUUGCGUUUCAAAUGAAAACUAAUUCAAGCACACUGAGAUUAAAAACCAUUGGAUUCAAUUGCUUUAAAAUAUAUUAUAUGAUGUAUUGAAUUCAAUUUAUGAAUUAAAAUGGAUUUUUAACCUCUUCCUAUUCAGAAAAAAAACGUGAAAAUAGUUGUAAUCGGAGUUAGCAAGGAGCCGUACAAAAGCAAGGAAGAUAUGAAAAAGAUAGCCGGCAAGAAGGGAACAGUUUUGGUUUACGGAAAUUUCGACGCACUUAUCAAUAGUGUCGACGAUCUCCUAAAAGCUACAUGCGGUAAGCUCCUUUUGCUUCCUCCUUAUGUGCUAGUUCAAAAGUAUUUUGACAGAUGCUUUGUAAAAUCCACAUGUAAGUAUUGGAAAUUUGUUCCGAGACUAUUGGAUUUGUUUAUUCAUCUGAUACGGCUAAUAUAUCUCCCUCAAAGCUGUUAACGGAGAAUACACUGAUUGGUCUGAGUCUGAGUGCAGUGUGACGUGUGGAGGAGGAGUGAAGACACUUACAAGAACCUGUACCAAUCCUCCGCCAUCUAGUGGUGGAAAGGACUGCAGUGAACUUGGACCAGCUGAAACGACAGCACCAUGUAACUAACAAAAAUGCCGUAAGUACUUUUAAAACCAUUUUCUUGAGAAAAAUUAGUUAUUGCAACGCCUGGAAAUGUGAUUUUAAGAUUAGCAUUACCUGCUUUUCUUCAUCUUCGGAGAGAAUUAGUAAUUGGAUUCUAAGACUAGCAUAGGUUGAAGUUUUAGAAAUAUCCACUGUAAGUUGAGAUUAAAAAAAGUUAUUAAGAGCGUGGAGAUUUUCUACGCUUUUUAUCGAAAGGAAUGCUUAUAUGGACCCGGAGAAACAAUUUCAGAUAAGGAUCAUUUUCUCCCUCUAAGCUGUCGACGGAGGAUACACUGAUUGGUCUGAGUCGAAACGCAGCGUGACGUGCGGAGGAGGAGUGAAGACACUUACAAGAACCUGCACCAAUCCCCUGCCAUCUAACGGUGGAAAGGACUGCCGUGAACUUGGACCAGCUGAAAAGACAGCUCCAUGUAACGAAAAAAAAGGCCGUAAGUAUCUUUGUAACUGUUUUUCGUCUGUUGGUCGUCACCAGUUAACCUAGAGAUUAAGAAUACCCUCAGAAACAGCUAACGUUCUACCUAGCCUUCUCUUAAGACGUAUAGUGUACUCCUAUAUGGAAUUACCUAAAUUGUAGAUUCGUCUGCGAAGUUCCUACGCCACUUUUUUUUUCCUCAAGCAAUAGUGUGGAAAGCCACUUAAAAGCUACAUGCAGUAAGUUCCAUUGGUCUCCAUCCCAUCUAUUAGGUGUCUAGAAUUUUGAUCGAUGUUUGAUAAAAAAAUCCUCACGAAGGCAUUAAUUCCGAUAAUGUUCAAUUUAUUUAUUCAUUCGAUUCGGAUCAUAUUUCUUCAUCAAAGCUGUGGACGGGGGAUACACAGAUUGGUCUGAGUCAAAGUGCAGUGUGACGUGUGGAGGAGGAGUGAAGACACUUACAAGAACCUGCACCAAUCCCCCGCCAUCUAACGGUGGAAAGGACUGCAGUUUGCUUGGGCCACCAGAAAAGACUGUUCCGUGUAACGAACAAAAAUGCUGUAAGUUUUAAGUAACAAUUUUAUGUUCUUCCUUAUUUUAUAAGAUGUACUCAUCAUGCAGGCUGAAGCUAGGAUUCAUGUGUUACUGUGUUCUGAAAAGUGACCAUUCUCAUUUACUAAAGGUUGAUCUUUCUUUUCCCACUAUACAGCUGUUAACGGGGGAUACACAGAAUGGUCUGAGUCAAAGUGCAGUGUGACGUGUGGAGGAGGAGUGAAGACACUUACAAGAACCUGCACCAAUCCCCUGCCAUCUAACGGUGGAAAGGACUGCAGUGAACUAGGACCAACUGAAAAGACAGUUCCAUGUAACGAACAAAAGUGCCGUAAGUAUUUUUAAAACUAUUUUCUUGAGAAAAAUUAGUCGUUGCAACGCCUGGAAGUGUGAUUUUAAGACCAGCUUAGGUAGAACAUAGGGAAACAUCCAUUGUAUGUGGAUAUUAAAACAAUUCUUUGAGACCGCUGAGGAUAUGCUUAGCUUUUCCUUUGGAAAAAAAGCACACACUUACAUGGACCACCAAGAAACAAAUUCUACGACGGGACAUUUUUUCUUUCGAAGCUAUCAACGGAGGAUGCACUGAAUGAUCUGAGUCUGAGUGCAGUAAGACUUGUGGAGGAGGAGUGAAGACAUUUACACGAACCUGCACCAAUCCUCCGCCAUCUAGCGAUGGAAAGGACUGUAGUGAACUGGGACCAGCUAAAAAGACAGCUCCAUGUAACGAACAAAAAUGCCGUAAGUAUUAUGGAAAUAAUAUUUGUUGGUCCUAAUCUUUUUGAGAGCAUUAGUCGAUGUAAAGACUAUCAUUUACGUGGUUAAGAAUAGCUUUGAAUGCACUUGAAACAUUUUUUAUGUCGAGAUGAAAACUACUCCAGAAAAUAAUUCAAGUUUUGGAAAGUUUCUUUUAGAACGCAGUGUACUUUUUUUGUCAUUUUUUAUUCUUUUCACUGAACUACAAUCACUCACAUACUUUCAAGAUAAACGUUUGCUGUAAACGCUAAGUAACCUGCAGAAAACAUAACAGUUUUCGCGGUGUCAUAUCAAGCGAAUUUGGUCGAUUAAUUAAUUCGCAUUCUGGCAAUACAGUUAAAGUUUCUAUUAGGUAUGUAUCGUACGCAAAGUCUACAUAAGCAAUCCACGAGUCCAUGAAAGAGUGAUUCUUCGAGCGGAUGAGAGACUAGCACAAAAUCAACUAAAAAGAUAAGUAAUUCGUGGGCCCAUCCGGGUAAAAGUUAUCCGUCAGAGGACCCGUCGUAUAAAUUGAAAUAAAGCUAUUCAAACUGAUCUGACCGGUAUGAUUCUAGAAUGUUGAAAAUGCUUUAUGAUGCUUUGAUCACAAAUUCCUCAAUAUCUCUCACAGCUCCCCCAUGCACAGCGGGACUUGACGUUGGAAUUGUUCUUGACAAAUCCAAGAGUGUAAAGAUACCCAAUCUUAAAAAAGUCAUCGAGUUCUUAGGGUAA